CCCAGUCUGCUGCCUUGCCUGUCCUACUCAACAGGCAACAAAGGAAGAGGCCGGGAGCUACUCAUGUGUGCUAACCUAUUCAGUCGAUAAGGUGUCACCUUAUUGUGUUAUUGUAUUUUAGAAUAUAUCCCUCCACCUUUUUACCAGACCUGCCAACUGUGGACAUGUAAACGCCGAUGUUUUUCCUGUGGAUCUGGAAGCAGAAGAACUGCAAGGUGCUGGAAGUGGAACUUGACCCAUUCAGUCUAGUCGAGUCACAUUUUUUCUACUCAUAAUGGGUCUGGGGGCUCUGCUGAAUGCAUGACUUAUGUACGACGUGAUGGGAGGAUACUGUGGCUAGUACUUUCAUCAGGAUACAAGGAGAGACCUCCCAUGCCCCCCAAUUUGGCGGAGGCCCAGUCAGAAUGAAGAAGAUCAGCCUGAAGACCAUUCGGAAGUCGCUGAGCAUAAAGGGCAAAGAGGACGGGGACUUUGUCAUGCUCCAGCAGCCCCCUGUAAGCACAGAGUUCUCUAAGGACGAGUCACUUUUUGGUGGCUGCUACACCAAAGACCUUUCAGGGUGUGAUCUGGGCUGCGAGGAAGACAAAGGUGGGCAAAAUAAGAGCCGGUCAAAGAGCGAAGGCCUGAUGGGUUCACUUAAGAGAAGGCUGUCCGCAAAACAGAAGGCAAAGAGCAAAGCCGGCUCAUCAGCCAUUAGCUCAACAGACGACGAGGACACCUUCUCCUCCUCUUCUGUACCCAUCGGCUUCAACGAGGUCAAAGCCCAGAGACCUCUAAGGUCUUCGUCGCUACGGAGUCACCACUACAGCCCCUCGCCGUGGCCUCUGCGGCCAGUUAACUCUGACGACGCCUGCAUAAAGAUGGAGGUCAAAGUUAAAGCCAUGGUUCACUCGCCGAGCCCCAGUCCCACAUUGAACGGCAUCCGAAAGGAAUUCAGCGAUUUUCAGAUGGAUGGGCUCUUUCAGGACCAACCCGAAUCCUUAAAAAACAUUCAGCAGCCACAAAACGGUGAACUGCACCUGAAUAUUGAAGAUAAUGAUGUGCCUGUAGUGCUGGGGCUGACGCCCCAAGACUACAUUCAGUACACAAUGCCUUUAGAUGAGGGAAUGUACCCAGAAGGGUCCCACUCCUUCUGUCUGGACACCGCAUCUCCUAUGGAGGUGGGGGCAGAGGCGGACAAUGGGUCCCCACUGAUGGAUCAGGGACAGGAGGAGCAUGAAAUGGUUGGUGGCUUGCCUCCAGAUCUCUUCAUGGACACCUCAGUUAAUAGUCUUCUUAUCGGUUCUGCUGACAUGAUGCUUCAAAGCCCAAGAGGAGAGGUCCCGCCUCCUCUCUCGCCUCUCUUGCCUCCCAUGAGCAGUAAUGGUCGUUUUCCCCGGACUUUCUCUACCUUCAGCUCUUCAGACAGCCAAGUUGCUGAAAGGGUUAGACACCACCUCAACUUUGAUCCCAAUUCAGCUCCUGGAGUCAGCAGAGUUUACGACUCUGUCCAAAGCAGCGGGCCCAUGGUGGUGACCAGCUUGACGGAGGAGCUGAAGAAGCUCGCCAGGCAGGGUUGGUACUGGGGCCCCAUCACACGUUGGGAGGCGGAGGAAAAGCUCAUUAACUUGGCCGACGGCUCGUUUUUGGUCCGAGACAGCUCGGAUGACAGGUACCUGCUCAGCCUGAGUUUUAGGUCACAGAGCAAAACUCUCCACACCCGCAUCGAACACUCCAACGGACGCUUCAGCUUCUAUGAGCAACCUGACGUAGAAGGACACACGUCUAUCGUAGACCUCAUAGAACACUCGAUAAAAGACUCGGAGAACGGUGCUUUUUGUUAUUCCAGGUCUCGCUUACCAGGGUCUGCAACCUACCCAGUCAGACUCACCAACCCCGUAUCUCGGUUUAUGCAAGUACGCUCGCUGCAGUACCUUUGUCGCUUUGUCAUUAGACAGUACACAAGGAUAGACCUUAUCCAGAAACUGCCCUUGCCUAACAAGAUGAAAGAUUACCUACAGGAAAAGCACUACUGACAUACAUAGGACAGUGGUGGCUAUUUUGCACUUUUUAUGUUCAGUGAGGUGUACACAAGGUUCACACACGCCUAACGUCCUUUGAGAGGAUUGGUUUUACUUGGAAGUCAAUCACUCACCAAACGCUGCAACAAGUUAUCCCAGUUGCACAAUCAAAUGCUGAAACGAGGCCUAGAUAACUUUCAGAAUUGAAGUUGACGUUACUAUUAUGGAUUUGUUGAAAUAAAGAAUUUCACAUAAAAUUUAUGGGCCCAAAAAAUUACUGGCAAAACUCUUAAACCGACCAGUUAUGCGCAUCGGUUUCUAUAUCACUGAUGUUUGCAAACACGGUUAAAGCAACAAACACUAGGUAACUUUUCAACCUUUAUAAAAUAUUUUCAUAACAAUUGUGAUGAUAUGUCGACUGACAACUAUUGAAUGACACCUCUUUUAUAUCUUGAGGGGGUUUGUAUCGAUUUCACCGGCACUAAUUAUCCUUGAGGAGGGUGGCAGGAACCCUGCCACACAAAAAAACGACAAAUGUGCUGACUGCUUUACGGCAUACUUCGUUUCCCCUUUCAUUAUAAAGACGCAAGUUGAUGCGAACGCCUUCGAGAAAAUUAUGCAAAGAUGGCAGAGCAACAUAAGAGACAAAAAGUUUUAUCCGAGGAGGAAAAAAAAGGGCAGCUACCAGGGAUAAAAUGAUACUCAAGAAUAGGCAUGUGCCAGCUACCGGUUUCAAGGUUUACCGUGGUAUGAAAAUGUCACAGUUUCAAAAAAUUUUCCGUCAUACCGUAGUUACGGUAUUAGCCAUUUUUGAGGUCCCAAAAAUGUAGCGAGAAAUCCGAGCGGCAGUGCUCACCCAUCUCCUUCCAGUUCUUGCUCUGUCCUGUUUCUUUCAGUGACACUACACCUGAGCCCCCUUCCCCUCAAAAAUAGAAAAAGCCGCUAGUAUGGGAGUACUUCAGCUACCGAAAAGAAACCGAGGAGGAAUGACCUCCAACAUGAUUUCACAUUUAUGUGAUCAUCAUCCGUCACUUUACACAAAAUUUAAGAACACUGUCAUGAACGUUUCCCACCAGCUACGAGAGUUCACUCAAGGUGGUUUAGUGUGUCUAGCGAUGGUAAAACAAAUACUAUAAUGUAAGCUUGUUAACGAGGCAGAUAACGUGGCUUGUUACCAUGCCAAGACGACAAACUAGUUUCCGCUCUACCAUUAGCCUACUUUUGUAAAUUCUUCCGCCAUUGUAAACAUCUGUCAAUUUGCAAAUAUGUUGUGAAAAAAAAAAAAAAAAAUCCUUCAAUGGAAAACUGUAUUUUCAAAUUUUAGAGCUAUAACUGCGAUAACCGCGCUAUUUUUGCUUAAGGUUAUCAUAUACCCCUUCCCCACUGGCCAAAAACCCAUGUCAACCCACUAACAAUCGGCUUUUGGUGGCAGUGGGAAAGGUGCAGCGACCCGCCUUGACCCGUGUCAAUCAACCCGCCAAGCGACCCGCGUUAAAAUCACCUCGGCUCUGAUCGUCAUGCAGUGUGAAAGCAAAACCCCAGGUCAACAGUCAACACCCUAAUCAACGUGGUGACGUAGGCUCUUACGUGAUGCGUCAUAACUCUUUUGAAUUUCAAACCAAAAUUCAGGUUGCCUACGUUGCCUCCGAACAAGCAGAGUGUUGAUCCUUUGCUGCAUUUCGACCAUUUUGAGGGCAGUAAAAAGCAUGAAAACAGAACACAAACGGAAAGGAGGCUUCCAUGUUGCUCUGCAUUGUUUACUUCCUUAAACUGAAUGAAUUCGGUCGCAGUUGUCGACGCGCACCUUAGCAUGGUGACGUCACGUAACCUUACGCACGGCGGAGGAAGGGUGAGGGGUUAGACGGGUGGAAAAAAAAACAAAAGACAGCUUUUUUCUUUCAAUGGGAAAGGUGCCAAAUGCCAAUUGCUAGUGGGUGGCAACAGCUUGGAAAAAACGCGCAUUUACCCACUACUUUCAGCGGGAAAGGGGCAAUACAUUCAAAAUCUCAUACCGGCACAUGCCUACUCAAGAAUAAACAUGGGCCCGACUUUCACUUGCUGGCGACGGUUGCUAACCUUCUUUUGCUAUUGCUUAGCUACAACUGGAUUAAUUACCUAAUUACUUAUUAUCCUUCACAUAGCCGCUAGGAACAGAAAUGUCGUUUAAUCCAUCUGCAAGCGACCGGAAGAUCAUUAUAUUACGACACUGUGCGGGUGUGCGCUGGUCCUCAUGGGAAACGCAGUUUUCCGUAAGGCAAAAGACUACUGCUUUUGUCCACCAGUGUCGCUAAAAUUGACCAAGACUGAAAAGUUAUCUAGUGUUGCUUUAAGCGGCCGAAAACAACUUUCAUAUUAACACGCGUUGAUUGUCGAAGCCGACUUUCACUUAGAAACAGAUGCAAUUUAUUAACUGGAUGUUUUCUCACUGCUAAUGUACUAAAUGCGUUCACGGUAUGACACAGGUGACAACUGUAUUCUUCAAUCUAUGUCAACUAGUGAAUACUUUGGCCUAGUGGUAGAACCAGAGAAAGCACAAAACUAUACAAGAAUAGACUUGGGAAUCUCAAAAUUGUUCAAGCAAAUGCUACGCAAAUAUGAAACAUUCUUUAUUGUUAUUGUUUUGGGUUUUUUAAGUACCUGUACAGUGGCCUGACCCAAAAUGAGACAUUUAAAAAAAAAAACCUUGGUCAUGUACGAUGAGCUUUAAAGUAACCUCUGGCUAUGUGGAGCCAUUCUAUAUUAUGCAAAACUAACGGUACUGAAGAUGCUGGAUUUUUAUCCCCGCUUUGUGGAAACAGCAUUGUGUUAAUAUUGUGCUCUAUAAAAAAGUGGGACCUAUUAUGCUUAUUAGUGAUGAACUUUACAGUUUUAUUUCAUUUACUGUUAAUUAAUACAAUAUUGCUGCAAACAUGCUAAAGUAGUGUUUGUAUUCUAAUUUUUCAUGAUGUCAACUUAUUCGUGAUGUUAGUAUUGUUUUUAUUUUUUUGUACAGAGAGACCUAAAGUUUAGGCAUAUGUGAAUUUAAGAUGGCUCAAAAUAAUGUAAAAUUACUACUAGAGGUGGGAAAAUCUGGUUACCUGACGAUACGAUACGGUUUGCUAUACAAGACUAACAAUAACGAGUUCAAGAUAUGGUGCGACCAAAAUUUUCCAUACAUUGGUCAGGAAACAUUGUAGGAUAUUCUACAAAACUACUAAUGCUUUGAGUUUAUCACUAGUAGACGUUCAAUGCAUUUGAAGUCGCUGCCACCCUCCCACUUCAAAUGGAUUGGACGUCAAUGCCUGUAAGAGGCAGCCAAUUCCAGCCAAUUCAUUUCUCAUGUUGAUUUUUGGUCACUUCCUGAUCAUUUUAGGGUAUUUUCGGGUCACUUCUUGUUGAUUUUGGAUGACUGAAAAGGAAGCAACUCAAAAAUGUCCCCCAAAUCAACAGCAAAUAACCUAAAAUGAACAGGAAGUGACCUGUUAAACACAAAAGACUGACUGUAAAUUCUCUGGUAUGCAUCACAAAACAAAACUCAACAUUUAAAAAAAAAAAAAAAAAAAAAAAACGACUCCAGCGUUGAAAGUCAAAAUCACGAAAGUUGGGUAUGUCGUAACACUGGGACUACCUGUAUAUCGAUAACCUUUUCGGUUGCAAAGUAUCACGAUCAGAGGUGGGUUGAGUAGCCAAAAAUUUUACUCAAGAGUAGCGUUACUUCAAAAUAAUAUUACUCAAGUAAGAGUAAAAUCAGUCAUCCAAAAAAUGUACUCAAAUUACAAGUAAAAAAGUAUCCAGUGAAGAGAAUACUUCAAGUAAUGAGUAACAUUGUGAGUAACUGCUUAUUUUUGUUUAUUUAUUAUAUAUUAUUUAUUUUUUUAAACAAUGCUAUUGUUUUUUUUCUCUCAGCACAAACUUACAUAUCUGAACUGUUCUAAUGAUACUGUACAAUAACCCAUUACAUAACAAUAUUAGGCCAAAGAAAUCAAAACAAAACAAAAAAAAAAAAUCAUUGAAUUCCGGCAAGAGAGGAAAAAAAGACAGAAAUGAAGCAUUAUUUGUCCAAAGAGCAUGAGUGCCUCGCCCUCUAGUGGAGAAAAUAGCUCCUAGUUUGAAUCGUGAAUACUUUAGAUCCUUCAUAGUGACUAUUAUGAAAUUAAAAGGAUCAUAUCUCCAGUUUGUCGUGGUCAAUUGGUGCCAAAUAAAAAGUGGGAGAGAAGUUUCAAUCCACGCUUUCGAGUAAUGUUGAGGGCAGCGUUCAAUGUCAAAUACUUCAUUUUUCACGGUUCUUUAAAGACCCCACGUGAAUGAACAAGCUUGCAUGAUCAUAGAACGGCAAGCUUACAUCUGAUUGGUGGAAUAGAGUCGUGAAUAUUGUUGUGACAUCUCAUUGGUGAAAUUAGUAGCGCUACUCUUGGCAAUGGCAUUUCUGGAAAACAAAAUCUAAUAUGUAGAAUAAAGAGGAAAAAUGUAACGACUAGCGGAGUAAGAGUAACGUUUUUUAUUCACAAAUAUACUCAAGUAAAAAUAAAAACUAUGGCUUAGUAAAACUUCUCUUAGAAGUACAUUUUUCUCAAAAAGUUACUCAAGUAAUGUAACGGAGUACAUGUAACACGUUACUACCCACCUCUGAUCGGGAUAUAUCAACUUUUCAAUAUAUUGUAACACCCCUAAUUACUACUACUACAAGUUUAAAUUUGGACGUUUUGUUUGUGGUUUUACUAUUUGUGUACUAAACUAAUGUAAGUAUAACGGGUCCCUUUUAGAGUACUCAUUUUGUGUAAGGAAUACUACGCAGGAGCUCGAGCGAAGAACUUUGCUGGUCUUUUAAAAAUCUGGUUAUUUGCAUGUUGUGAAAGCUUCAACAGUUGACCUCAAUGAGAAAAGAUGUCACGAUGGGUUUUGAAAUCCCAAAUAUAGGCUUGGUGAGUUUUUUUUAUUUUUUAAUUAUAAUAAAGUACUCCAAGAACCUACAGUAUAAGCAGACCUGUUGUCACUUGACCUCAAUACUUGUGAAGUGUCUUAAAGUCUGACCUAGAUCAAAUGAAUUCCUAAAUUGGUGUGAGCCCUGUGUGAAAGGAUUUGGGAAAUCCCUGGUUGGCGUGAUGUCAAGGUCUGAGCUUAUGACAAUUCCAUUACAGAUGCUUCGAUUCAUUAACUCCGGGUGGAGGACAAAAAAAAAAAAAAACAUUCGAAAUGCAGCAGUUUCUACAGAGGAUAGGGAAAAAGCACAUACUUAAUUACACAAGUGCUUUACAUGAAUACCUUGAUCGGGAAUUCUUGUUACAUGAGUUCUGAUUUUAGCACCUGAGUGCGUGGAGAUGUCCCUCAGACAACUGCUAGGGCUUUAGUUUAAUGUCUGAUAAAUUAAGAACUCUGAAUAGUGUUGCAUGUUAAGGGUUGUAGCGUUUAAAGCAUUCGAGUUGUAUAGGAAUGAAGGAUGUAGGUUAUGCUAACCUGUGUACUGGGAUGUUUCUGUCAAGUUGGAAACUUUAAUUUUUUUUUUUUUUUUGCUUUGUGACAUUUACUAUCUUAGUGAAAUUUGCGCUACAUGGAAAAUGUGAACCGUAAUUUUCGGACUAUAAGCAGCUACUUUUUUCCCCUCAUUUUGAAUCCUGCGGCUCAUCGUCCAGUUUGGCUUAUUUGCUGAUUUAUUUGGGUUAAAAGGUAACUCUUUAUUUGUCAUGAGACUGUUAUAAGAACGUCAUCAUUAUGACAUGACACUAUGGCUAGCUAGGUUCAUACCGCAGGUAUUAAUGCACAAUUCCGAUUUUUUUGUCAUAUCUGUUUUUUUGGCGUGCCCGUUCAGACUGCCUUAGUCCAAUGAGCAUGUUCAAGUAUUGCGCAUGCAAACUGACCCACAUGCGCAGAAGCAUCAAAAUAAAUGACUACACAUGCUGGUUCUGCAUCAUUCUCUGGUGAUCAUAUUUUAGGUUUCCAAAAAGAGGACACAAAUAACAGAAAUAGAUAAUCCCCGUUUAGUUUUAUAUUCAAAGUUUAUAUGGAUUGAUGGAACACAUGCACACACAAUAUUCCAAAUGUAUAUGGAUUGACAGAAUGCAUGCACCGUAUAGCUAUGUGUGCGUCGUACAUGCACGCACACACAUACAGUUAGUUUGCACCGACACUCGGCCAUGUAAGCAAUAUUGAAAUUCAGUACUGCUCAAUUACCACACAGAAAGAAAACCGAGCAUUCCCCCCAUUGUAUUUUUUUUCCUGGCUGUGGUCAAGCUCGCCUCUUCCCAGAAAGCCGAGUUCAAGCUAGGCGCUAACGCUACUGUACAGCUACAUCGCUGACAUAAUUGCUGCAUGAAUUCCGAUUUGGGAGACUUGACAGUUCAGACCGCCACCACAUUCUGGAAAAUUGUGGCCCAGAUUGCAUUUAAACCACAUACGAAAGUGACCUAGAUGGGAUUUGAAAUGGUCCACUUCAAUGCGACUUGUCCCGUUCAGACCGUCAAGUUAAUGCCUAACUCGAGUCGGAUUCAUGCAUUAAGACCUGCGGUAUGAACGUUGCCUAUCAUGGACAUUACUGAUCAUGUCAUUCAUGCAUUCAUUAAUGCUCCUGACAAUGUCAUGUCAUAUGCCACGUUUACAUGGAGCCAAAUAUUCCAAUUACAAUCGGAAUAUUUGUUCAAACCGAAUAAAUAUGUUCCAUAUAAACACAUCAUUCGGAAUGAACAGGCCCAAACCGAAUGGAAUUUCAUUCCGAUUCACAGGGGUGGAAUAUUCCUUUUCCCAAACCGAUUAGAAGUAAAAUUAUAUCAUGUAAACAGGGAAGCGGAAUGGUGUCUGGUUGCGUUCUUUCUGCGCAUGCUCCGUACUGACGUGGUGACGUCACUUGGUGACGUAAGUAACAUCACUUGCAACAUGGCUUCCAAGCACACGCACAGCGCACCCAAACAACUUUUUAAAUGAACGGCGUAUCAUUCUGAAGUUUUGUUUCCACUCGAAAAGUUAAAACAGCAGCUGAUCUGACGAUCGAUCUCCAUGUUUUGCAACGUGACGCUUUGUUUUGAUUAAUCUGCGCAUGUCAGACGGCAGUUGUCAAACGUCAUCUCGGAAUAAAGGCAGUCACAUGUAAACGCUGGAUCGGAAUAGAUGAAGUGACAUGCAAACAGCUGAUGUGAAAUUUCCAUUCGGAAUGAUUUGAAUCGGUUUGAAUAAAAGUCAGCAUGUAAACGUGGCUAUUAAUACCAUAACUGGUAAUUAAUUAAACAACUAGAACAUUAACUGAAGAAAUAAUUAGCACAAAACAUGAAUUUCAAUUGUUAUUUACGUCUGUAGCGCAGCAAUGCAUGCUAGGAGGCAUGUUGGAUGACAAGUGUUGACCGGCAGCAGAGGUUGACUGUCCGUGAUGGCCAAAUGAAGCUUUUUGAAGCAAUGAAGCUUUGCAGCUAGUUGGUUCAAAGCUUCAUGGUGGUUCAUUUGGUCUUCUGACAGUCUUACGUUGCAGCUGUCAAAUAAAUUGUUACCGGUUAAUAUCUUUUUGUGUAAAUAAAAUACAAUACAUAAUACAGUGAGGGCAGCUGUGACUAAUAUUCCAGUGCGGCUUAUCCAUGAACAAAUGUUGUUUUCAUAUCAAAUUUCGUGGGGAAAGCUUAUAGUCAAGUGCGGAUUAUAGUCCGAAAAUUACGGUAUUUUUUUGGGGAGUAGAAUUAGGCAAACGUAACACACAAGAAUUCUUUUGCACUCUCAUUUUUCAUCCUGCCAAGAAUCGUCUUUCCCAGUCGCACGGUAGUCUUUAUUUCUUCAUGUAAGCGUUCGGUCAACUAUAUACUGUAAUUAGUUUGGUGUCAUACGAUAUUUGUGGAACAUGAAGAGGAAGGCACCAGCAUCUCUGUUCAGAUAAGCGGAUCAUGAAUGUGGACAUACUUUUGAUGGAAAUGUGAAAAUAUUUUUCUAUUGUAUUUCUUUUUGGACUUCUUCUUUGUCACAUUUUUGAAUAGCAGGAACCCUUUUCAUAAAGUGUUGCUGCUCUGAUUUUUUUUUUUUCAUCCCUUAUCAAUACUUUUAAGCAUUAAUUCCUUCCGUGUGAUUUCAGAUGUUGAUGCCUGUUCAGCUUGCUGUUCCGCACUUAACAAGAAUUUUUCUGUGCAUCUCGAUGAAUGUAGGUGAUCGUUUACAACAUCUUUUUUUUUUUUCCCCGUCCAUGUUUUGUUGACGUCUCGAAUAUAUUGGUACAAGACUUUGUCAUGUGUUCUACAUAUUUGUGCUGCUUACCGAAAAUGAUUGCCUUUCUUAUAUUUAACAACGAGGGAACUAGAAUGUUGCCAAUGUUGAUGUAUGUAUCGUACACAUGAUGGCGAGUUGGGAGAGCAACGCAGAUUUACAAUUUUUCUCAAAAUGAGUUCAGUUCAAAAGACCCAUUAUAGAAAUGAUCGGUAGACACACAUUAGAAUUACUAGUUCGAACCAGUUUACAUUGUUUGUCAACUUUCCAAAGUAGACAGUCUUUUGUAAUUUCUUUUGUUAAUCAGCAGUGAUUUAUUGCACAUUUUGGAUACAGUUAAAGAGUUUUUGUAUCUGCCAAUUAUAAAUUAUAAAUAAAAAAGUUAUAUUCUAAAAAUGAUUGCUUUUGUUUCAAGUACUUUUUAUUUAAUCUACUUCGGAUGCUCACAAAAAGUAAAAUGAGACGGGCUGCAUGAUUGCUAUUUACCGUAUUGGCCCUAAUAUAAGACGGCCCUGAUUAUAAGACGACCCCCUCUUUUUAAAGAGUCAAGUUUGAAAAAAAGACAUUUUGAAUACCAAAUUAAAAAUUAUAUACUGGAAAUAAUUACAUCUGAAACAAAUGAUUAUAACAAUAUGUUUGAGAGAAAAAGCAUGUUCUUUUGCCUCAUUCAAAUCUUUAUAUAUGAACAUUUAAAUAUGUAAACUAAAGUGCAAUCACAUUCGUAAAUGGUUGGCUUCUGGUUUUUUGAAAUGUAAAUAUACCGAUCUAUUGUGAUAAAACAACAAAAUUGCAAUAACUGCAUUAACUGCAUCAAAGUGAGGUCUAACUGUAACUGAAGCAGUGCUGCAACGAUUAAUCGAUUAACUCGAGUAUUCUAUGAGGAAAAAAAUAUUCGAAAUAAGCUUUGUUGCUUCGAGUAUUCGUUUAAUUAAAGUGGCGUUGUAAUGGCUUAUAUUGAAAGUUUUUUCAUUUAGUUUUAUUGAUUAGGGUGGAUACACUGCCCUCUGGUCUGCCUCUUUUCACAUGGCUGAAUCCAACUGCUCCCCGUUAAGACCAAUGUAAGCUUUUGUUUGAGCUAAUGUUUUUUAAUGCAUUCACAAUUUAGUUUAUAGGUAUAUUUAGCCGUUUUUUGUGGAAAUGUGUCUGAACCAUUUGUUAAGAGUAUUGUAAAAAAAAAAAAAAAAAAAAAAAAAGUUAUCAUUUUAUAGCCUUUAAGCUAGCGGACUUUUUCUAUUUAAGUUAGCCAAUUGUUCUUUUGUUGUACAUAGAUCCUCAUUAAAAAAAAAAAAUUAUACCGUUUGAGGCUCAGCUCAGGUAUUUUAAUUUUUCAUGUUCCUUCUCCUAUUACUCGAUUAUUCGAACUAACUAGUCCAUCGAUUAAUUGACUACUAAAAUAUUCGAUAGAUGAUGCCCUAAACUGAAGUCUUGAAACAAAUCUGAAUAAGGUAAAACAUUGCAAUAAAAUAAUGCAAACUGGUGAAACUUGAGAGUAGCUGAGAUCUGUCAUGACAGAACAUUACUCCUCAAGUUCAGCAUUCGCUUCAAUGAUAUCUGGCGCCAUCUAGCGUCGUGAAUGAGUAUAAUGUCUAGACCCCAAAUAUAAGACGACUCCCACUUUUUCAGUUUUAUUUCAAUGCAAAAAACACCGUCUUAUAUUUGGGCCAAUACGGUACUAAAAUUACCGUAAUUUUGGGACUAUACGCCGCUACUUUAUUCCCUCAUUUUGAAUUGUGUGGCUUUUCGUCCUGUGCGGCUUAUUUGUUGAUUUAUUAAGUUUAAUAGGUAACACUUGGACAGAGGCGUCAUAGGACUGCCAUAAUUAUGUGACACUAUUAUAGGCAUUAAGAAUGUCACUAACUCCAGUUAUGUCCAGCUCGGAUAUUUUACAUCCAUUCAAAUGGGAGAUAAUUUGCCGGAUGACACUAAAUUACAUCGUUUAAAUGCAUUCAUUAAUGCUCAUGACAGUGUUAUGUCAUAAUUAUGAUUGUCCUAUGACAGUCUUAUGGCACCACUAUCAAAUAAAGUAUUACCAGAUACCAUAACUAGCAAUGCAUGCUAGGAGGCAUGUUAAACAACAACAAUGUUGACCGCAGGUGGCAGCAGAGGUUAACUGUCAGUGAUGGCCAAAUGAAGCUUCUUGAAGCAAUGAAGCUUUGCAGCUAAUUGGUUCAAAGCUUCAUGGUGGUUCAUUUGGUCUUCUGACAGUCUUACGUUGCGGCUGUCAAAUAAAAUGUUACCGGUUAAUGUCUUUUGGUGUAAAUAUCCUAUAAUGCAGUAAGGACAGCUGCGACUAAUAGUCCAGUGCGGCUUAUCCAUGAACAAGUGUUGUUUUCAUGUCAAAUUUGGUGGGUGACGGCCUAUACUUAGGUGCGCUUUAUAGUCUGAAAAUUACGGUAAUUGAUUCAACAAUGUAGCAUUAGUUGUCUGCAGUGUUGUUUUCUUCAACGAUGACGAAAAUAUUUCGUCAACGAAAACAUUUUUUCAUGACUAGACGAUAACAAGCUAAAAACGUGUUUUGGGAGACUAAAGCAUAACGAGAUGAAUGCCAGUUUCUGUCUGACGCCACGAUAACGACACGAAAAUGCACAAUAGUUUCCUGUGUGACAUUGAAUGUGUAGUUAGCCAGCAUCGUAGCAGUGUCUGGUUGAGUCAACCAUGUUACAACAAUUUAACUCGAGUAAUUCCAUUAGAAAAAGCUUUGACCCAAAUUUUGCUGCUUCGAGUAUUCGUUUAGAGUGGCCUUGUAAUGGUUUGUUUUGAAACUGUCUGCAUUGAGUUUUAUUGAUUUGGGGUAUACACUGCCCUCUAGUGGCAACAAUGAAUAUGAUAGAACUCAUUUAACAUGGCUGAAUCCAGAUGCUCCCUGUUCGAGUAUAAGGUAAGUUUUUGAUUGGAGUAUCAUUGUAAUUUUUUGUUUGGAAACUGCAUUUAGUUUUAUUGAUUUGUAUAGAUACACUUCCCUGAAUCCCUCAAUAUGACAUAACUCAUUUAACAUGGCUGAAUCCAGCUGCUCCC